AUGGGGCUGCUGCUUGAUGUCCUACUGGACAGGAAAGUGAGAAGGGUUCCAGCGACGCUGCCUGCGGUGUUGUACGACUGUCCAGAGCCGCGCCUCUUUCUGCCUGUGCAGGACGAGAAGAGCGCGGCGCUGCGGCAGCAGGCCUCUCCGGACAGGCUGUCCGUCACUUUCGGCGGCGGCGAGGAGGCCGUCUUCUCGCCGGGCUCUCCGCCAGCCGCCGCCAUGGACAAGGUUCGCUUCCCGGGGGACGCCGCGCCACCACCUGUCGCCGCUGGUCCCGUGGACGAGGAGGAGGACUACUCUGCGAGCUCUCUGGGUACGGGGCCGGGCUCCGGGCCCGCACCCCAGCGUAGGCGAUCCUCCGUCUUCACCACCAGCUCUGGAGAGUGAGGCGUCACAUUGAACGGAGAUAUGACGGCCAUCUCGGUGGACGAGUGCAUCACGCAGGAGCAGAUCGUGGAGCGGCUGCGGCUGCACAAGGAGGUGCUGAGCAGCGUGAAGCAGCAGCCGUGGGGCAUGCGGCGCAAACUGCGGCUGGUCAAGCAGGCCAAGGCGUAUGUGAAGCAGCACGAGGGCGAGCUUCGAGAGCGGCGCACCACGCGCCACCUGCUCUCCAGGUGCCACCUGCUCGUCAUCAAGCGGUGGCAGCACACCCGGCGCGAGCUGGACAACCUGAUGAACGCGCUGAUCCCGUGGGAGCUGCGCAUCAAGCAGAUCGAGUCGCACUUCGGCUCUGUGGUGGCCUCCUACUUCACCUUCCUGCGCUGGCUCUUCUGGGUCAACCUCGUCAUCACCGUGCUGCUGGUCGCCUUCGUCGCCAUCCCAGAGGUGAGCGCAGUGCGACGCGACAUUCGUCAGAGCUAUCAGCGCGUGCAUCUGUCGAACUGUAAUGUUCGCAAGGAGAUGCUACCGCGCGAGCGGCGCACGGCCACCAACCUGGACACGCUGUGGGACUUCGACGGCGUGCUCAAGUACUCGCCCAUCUUCUACGGCUACUACACGAACCGCGACGCCGCCGACACGGGCUACCGCCUGCCCUUCGCCUACUUCAUGACCGGCAUCGCCGUCUACGCCUACAGCUUCGUCGCGACACUGCGCAAGAUGGCAGAGAAUUCCCGCAUGAGCAAGCUGUCCGAGAAGGACGACGAGUGUGUGUUCACGUGGAAGCUGUUCACCGGCUGGGACUACAUGAUCGGCAACGCGGAGACGGCUCACAACCGCGUGGCGUCCAUCGUGCUGGGCUUCAAGGAGGCGCUGCUCGAGGAGGCCGAGCGGCGUCGCGACGCCCGCAAUUGGCGGGUGCUCUGCCUGCGGGCGUUGGUGAACCUGGCUGUGCUGGUGCUGCUGGCGUCCUCCGCUUACGCCGUCGUGGAAGUGGUGAAGCGCUCCAAUCAGACGUCGCCCAGCGACAGCUGGUGGCGGCAGAACGAGAUCACCGUGGUGAUGUCGCUCAUCCAGUACGUCUACCCCAUCCUGUUCGAGGUGCUGGGACUACUCGAGAGCUACCACCCGCGCAAGCAGCUGCGCAUACAGCUCGCGAGAAUAAUGGCGCUUAACAUGCUUAGUCUCUACACGCUGAUCAUAGCGCUGUUCGACAAGAUUAAAGAUAUGAGAAUGCCUUGA